CCAGGGCCAAUGCCCGAGGUCAUUACAGAGGGAGCACGGAUGCACCAGCCCUUUCUUCUCUGCUAUUGGUAGUGCAAGUCAAACUUCCCCUCCUACAGGAUUAGAGGAAUGGGAAGAAAGAAUGGAACUGUACUUGGUGCUAUGAACGGACCUAAGAAAAUACAGGUUACAAUCACGUCACUGCCAGCGGUAGCCUUAAAAACCUAGCCGUGGGACAUCCACGGACGGCAGUUUCGGUUCCGGACUUUCUUCGUGUGUGGAAGGCGCAAGAAGUGUUCAGAACCGCGGCGCACGGGACCUUCGCGCACAAGAGAGCUCUAGAAACGAAGUCUGUCCACCCUCGGCGCCUGUAGCCUGAAUCCGCUCAGUGGUCUCAGCCCAGGGAAUUGAAUCUCCGCCUCUGAUAGCCCAGAUGCCUGCUCACAUGCUGCAGGAGAUCUCCAGCUCCUACACGACCACCACCACCAUCACAGCGCCUCCCUCUGACGACCUGCAGAAUGGAGGCGAGAAGGUGGACAAAACGUCUCUCUACUCAGAAGACAUUCGUCCUGAAAUGAAAGAUGACAUUCGCGACCCCAACUAUGAGGAUGAGGAGGGUCCUGUGCCCAAGCUGGAGUAUGUCUGGAGAAACAUCAUUCUGAUGGCUCUGCUGCACGUGGGAGCCCUGUAUGGGAUAACACUAGUUCCCACCUGCAAGUUCUAUACCUGGCUGUGGGCAUGCAUGUACUAUGUAGUGAGUGGACUGGGCAUCACAGCAGGAGCUCAUCGCCUGUGGAGCCACCGAACUUAUAAAGCACGGCUGCCCUUGAAGAUCUUCCUGAUCAUUGCCAACACGAUGGCGUUCCAGAAUGAUGUGUAUGAAUGGGCCCGAGACCAUCGUGCCCACCACAAGUUCUCAGAGACACAUGCUGACCCUCACAAUUCCCGACGCGGCUUUUUCUUCUCUCACGUGGGUUGGCUGCUUGUGCGAAAACACCCAGCAGUCAAAGAGAAGGGCAAGUUGCUUGACAUGUCUGAUCUAAAAGCUGAGAAACUGGUGAUGUUCCAGAGGAGGUAUUAUAUACCCGGUCUUCUGUUGCUGUGCUUCAUCCUGCCCACACUGGUCCCCUGGUAUUUUUGGGGUGAAACUUUUCAACACAGCUUGUAUGUUGCCACCUUCCUGAGAUACUCCCUAGUGCUCAAUGCCACCUGGCUGGUGAACAGUGCUGCCCACCUCUAUGGAUAUCGCCCAUAUGACAAGAACAUUAACUCUCGGGAGAACAUUCUGGUUUCACUAGGAGCUGUGGGUGAGGGCUUCCACAACUACCACCACUCCUUCCCCUAUGACUACUCUGCCAGUGAGUACCGCUGGCACAUCAAUUUAACCACAUUCUUCAUUGAUUGCAUGGCUGCCCUUGGUCUGGCUUAUGAUCGGAAGAGAGUAUCCAAGGCUGCUGUCUUGGCCAAGAUUAAAAGAACUGGAGAUGGAAGCUACAAGAGUGGUUGAGUUUUGAAUCAUCCAGGUUCUUCUUCCAAAAGUCAGCUGGGUACUUGUUUAACGUUGUGUUAAUUAACUACUGAGUAAUGCUUCCUAGGUGGUAUAGGUGAUGACCUUAACUCAUUCCAGCACAGUAUUCUUGUAAAAUGCACAAGCAUUGAAAGGUAAUAACUCUACUUUAUGCUACUUAGCUGGUAGACUUUUCUUCUCUCUCUUCCGUUCCCAGUUUCCUUUUUGUUGCUUAGUCUCUAUUACCUUCCUUUCUUUCUACCCUCACUGCCUCCCAUGCAAGCAAUUGGUCAGCCAUAAAUUGGUAUCCACCUUCCAAAGCCUGGCAGCCUUUCUAGAGUAUAAAAGUAAAGCCCCUUGCUCUAGAUAACUCUUUUUCCUUGAUCCCUCCUGAGCUUCAAGUUAUUCCACGAAGUCUGAUGCAAAGUUCCUAUUUACUGUCAUCAGGCCAUCCAUUGCAAGAUGAAACAGAAAAUAACUUUGAGAAAGAAUUUGCAAAGUUGGUAAAUCAUCAUGCAAGAUUGUUAUUAUGCAGGAUAAUAAGUAAAGUUGGGAGUUGAGCUGGGAAACUGAGCAUGGGUAAUCUCUUACUGUAAUCAGUCCAGGUUUCUUGUUCAGAAAGACAUGGAGGUCCUCCUCACAUCUUUCUUCCUUUCUCUUCUGACUCUGAGUAGAGAAUGGCUAUUGAGCCUGGUGAUCCUAGGAUACAAUAACAUAUCUCAGUGUCUUCAUAUAGGACACUGACAACAAAGGAGAAGAAUUUAAUAAAUAGGAAAAGUAGUUUUUGCUGGGGAAGGAUGUUUUCUUUUUAAUAAAAAGGUGAUUUCUUAUUUCAGAGAAUAAGAAGUCUUUAGGUGAGCUUUGUCCAGAAUUGGUGUGUACAGGAGCUCAUGGAGUUUUGAGGACUCUGUGAGUUGCUUAUCCAAUUCUGUCAUCUUUUUUUCUGUGCCAUCCACAGGAUAUUUGUCACUUCACUUAUAGUAAUAGGAUGACUGUGGCAUUUUUGUACAUCUAACCAUGGAAGAAUUUUAGGAGGUGAACUUGGAAGUUAAAUAUACAUACAUAUAUAAUCUUCAUUGGAACAUGAAACUAUUUAUAUUGCUUCCUCUGAAAAAUAAAUGUUAAAGAAACAUGAAGGAGAGGAGGAAUUCCUCAUCUGGGGUAACUAUUUCUCCCAAUGUUGAGCAGGUGAUGGACAAGUUGAGGGGUAGCAUCUAUAGCCAAUCCCAAGGAACUUUCCAAAAUAAGGGCUCUGAGAACAUAUUUCUAGUGGGAUUCAGAAGUUACUGAGUAAGCUAUUGGGUCUUCUAGUGAAAUGAGUUAGACAUUAGAUCCUUUCAAUACAAUUUCUCCUUGGAUUGAGUAGAAACUAGACUCCUCCCUACUUUUCCCUCAUUUUUUGCUUUGUCACAUCCAGCCUACAUGCAGGACUGCCUGAGGGAUGGGGUAGGAAUCUUUAACCAACCUGAUUCUUGAUUCCUGGCUCUAUCCCAUCUCUCCUUGUUCUCAUUAUUCCCUGAUAUUUUCUUUUUGCUCUGGGUAGGCAGCUUCCUGUUUGUAUCCAAGGCAGCGAGGACUUGAUAUCCAGGCAGCUCCCUUGCCUACAGUCAAAAUGCUAAUUGUCUCCAAACUGCCAAGUCCCGUUAGCAAUGUCCUGACUAUCCUUUUGUGUAGUCUCCAGAUCUUCUAUACCUCCACACCUGGGGUUACUGGCACACUGAUAUCUUGAGAAAUUUGGCAAAUCUUCUAGAGAAAUCCUGAGCUCAAAGAGACUGUCUUUCAUGAGUUAUGGCUAAGCCAAAUGCACAUUGUGCCAAUGAACCAGCCACAGAAAAAAGGCAAGGUUUAUUGUUAGUUUCUCUGUCUGGGUCAGAGCAGAGAGCAUGUUCAGUGUCCCUUUUGUGUUUAGAAAAGCUAUUCGGCCAAAUCAGUGCUUCCAGAUGACAGUGCAAUGAGGAGGAUGAAGGAGAAAACCUAGUCCCUUAGGAAGCACAAGAAGCAGAGGCAAAUUCCCAAGUGCCUCACAUUAAAAAGAGGCCAUAAUCCCAAGAUAAAUGUGGCAUGUCAUGCCACAUAAUCCAUGAUAGUAAGAUAAAAGGAAGCUGGAAAAAUACAGAACAUUAGUGAUUAGUGUCUUGAAGAUCAUAGGCCUCUCUUGUCCCUUUAACUCAGGCAUCAAUGCAAAAGCCUGUCUCUGCUCUAUCAGGAUUGGCAGUGUUUGAUACCAAAUCCAUGUCUACUAUUGAGCCCCAUUGGUCAGGGAGCAGGGCCUUUCUUCCUGUGUUAAUUGAAUAGAGGUUCUAGGGACAAGCCUGCAUGAGGGCAGCCUUGUCUUUGAGCUGUUCAGUAAAGAAUCUCUGGGAAGAUCACUGAAGAUAAGAUCUGCUAUCCUGAGUGCCUACCCCUUGGAAAUGCCUUUUAGGUAGUUUUAAUUCUAUAGGUCAUCAGAUGCCAGCUUUAUAAUCCAUGAAAAAUAAACUCAAUUUUCUCUUACUGAAUCCUAUUCCAUAGAUCUGAUUCACGCCAUUUCCUAUAAAAAGCUGGGCACAGACCUUAAGCUGCAGGCCCCAGGGAAUAUGUUGGUCUGAACAUAAAGGCUUGUCAGAUCAAUAAGAAACACUAUAUUCAAGAUUCUAAAGCUUAAUUCAAGCAACACAUUAAUAAGAAACUCAGAUCUGAUCAAGAGUGAAUUUCUAGCAGUCCUUACCUUGUGGACUGCUGACAACUUAUUUGAGUGCCUUACCUCUUUUCUAUUCCAUGUUGAAUAUGAGUCUUCCUUCACUGCCUCUGUGGAGUCCCUUAAUACCUUUGAGCCUCCAGCAUGGCAGAUAUAAAAAGUGGCCUAGCUUGAGUAUUACAAGUACUUCAAUCUGCAGGAUUCAAUUAUGGGCUUAAUUUUGGAAACUUGUCUUAGGGCUGUUUUUAUUAAGUGCUCAGAUUUGAUGGAGGGUGGAAGUAGUUUGAACAUAUUUGAUUUGUAGUAUUUUUAGAUUAAACAAUGAUUGUAACAUUUAAAACGGAAGUUUUCCUCCAAGGUUAGCUAUUAUCCUGCAUAUUUUCUUUGUACAGAUAGCAAUAGUGAGUCCUACAUUAACGAUGGUAGAGCCCUCUUGACCUAAUCACUUCUUAAUAGUCCGAACUCUCCAUAAUACUGCAUUGGAGACAUAGUUUUUAACUCUUGAAUUUUAUGGGAUACAUUCAGACCACAGCAUUGGACACAUGACUUUGUUAUAAUGUGUCUCACUAUUCCUUCUAUUAUGAGGUAGCAAUGUUGACCAACCUCUUAGUUCAGGUUUCAGGUGUGACUAAUGCUUUUAAUAAAGUUUUAAAAUCCUCACCAGGGAAAUUCUCAAGUACUAUGUAUUUUUAUUAUAGCAAUGUCUACCAUGUACUUAACAUGUACCUAAGUGCCGAAUGGCAUCAUUAUUCCAAACCAUUCUCUUGAGAGAUUAAUGCAUUUGAGUGUUGGAUAAUUAGCCAGACAAAAUUUGAGAAUUCGUAUUGUUGCUAUAAAAACAUGCAGGAUACCUUUUCCUUCCUUGGGUGGCAUUUUUCCUUUUUUAUGACAUAUUAGUUAUUUGUAACCUAAGAAUAAUUUUGUAAUUUCUGUUAAUCAACUGAAGCUAUUUCUACUGACUUGAGAUGUGCUUGUUCAUAAUAAAAAUGAAUUGAAUCUGA